UUCACUACAUACUUCUACUAAAUAAAUAAUGCGGCAAUAGAUGCCUGAGGCACACUGCAGAAUGGUAUUUUCUCGUUGAGGGUGCACUGCUAAGAUGCUUGCAGUAGGAGAAUUCAGAUUUUACAGGUUUGAAGAUGAAAAUUUAGAUGAGGAAUCUUUAUUGUAUUUGAUGCAGCAACGAAACGAAAAUCCUGAAACUCGUAAGAUCCAUCUGGAACAGCUACGAGGAAUGAUUUUAGAAAAUAAAAGUCUGAAUCCCUGCCUCGAGGAAAAUUUCCUGCUACGGUUCCUGAGAGGGGCAAAAUAUGAUAUUCAUAAAGCUUAUAACCGUAUGCAGAAAUAUUAUAACUUACGAAAUAUAUAUCCAGACGUUUUCAGCAAUUUUGUUCCAAGUUCUACCCUUCAAGUUCAAUCAUUACAGCAUUUGACAGCCUUGCCGUACAGAGGAAAGGACAAAACGGUUGUGAUUAUCGUUAAGAUGGGAAAUAUCGAUUCAUCCCUAGCGUCAUUUGAAGAAAUACUGCGAUUUGACCUGCUAAUCUUAGAAACGUUAUUGAUAAAUCCUGCAACUCAGUUGACCGGCAUUAGCUUUAUUUUCGAUCUGAAUGGGUUUUCUAACCAACAAAUAGCAUUGUUUACUCCAAGAAAUCUGCGAAUGUGCAUGGAUGUCUUUCAAUAUUCUUCGUACAUGCGAAUAAAAAAUUUACAUUUUAUUAAUACGCCUGGCCUCUUGUACACACUUUACAGAUGUCUUUUCCCAAUGAUGUUGGAAAAAUACAAAGACCGUACUGUAGCCCAUUUGAAUGAUGAUAACUGGGAAAGUUUCCACUCAUAUUUUCCUCCUGAAAUUCUUCCUGAAGAAUAUGGAGGACAAUUAAAAUCCUCCGAUAUGGUCAAUUUGAAUGAUAUACUUAAUGAGAAGGAAGAGGUUUUUCACGACCGUCUGCAGUAUCGCAUCUUAGAAAGUACAUUCGUAGUUGAAGAAGUUGAUGCCUAACAUUGCUAAAUAAGUUUGAAUCUAGAAGUAUAGGGAUACAUCAUCAAGUCUGAUAAUAAAGCAUUACCAAAGCUGCCAGAAGUAUCGAAAUAUGGAGAUAAAAACAAUAUGGUAACUUAAAGAUAUUGUCACCUGAAAGCAAAGAUAUAACAUCAAAUUUUAUACAAAAUUAUAAUAUCUGUAACAGAUUAUACAAUAUAUUCAUUACAUUUUUUUAACUAUUGUCGUCACUAAAUACGUAUAUAAAUAACAGUGAUAGAUGAAUCAUUUUUAUUAAGUAAAGGAAGAUGUUCUUUACUCAAAAACACUUGCCAGAAUCUUAGAGUUAAUGCAUACAAAAUUCUAAAAAUUUUCUAAUUUAAUGUCAUAUUUUCAUGUCCCAGAUGUGUAAAUAAUUUAAUAAUAUGGAUAUAAACUUCAGCAUCACAAUUUUUAUGUAAGUGACACAAAAGUAUAGUUCAUGCAAGUAUUCAAACUUUGCAAAUACAGUAAAACCCCGCUUAUUGCAUGGGGAUACGUUCCACCAAUGUACAGGGUUAUACGAAAUAGCGUUAAAUGAGGUCAUCUCAUCAUGUAAGUAAUGGGGUCAGGGGAAAACGGGUAUAAAAUAAAAAGUAAUUGUUCAAGAAUUUUGUUAUUUAAGUUCAUUAAAUAUGUUUUUAUAACAAUGCAAAAUAAAAACUUAUUUCUUACAGA